AUGGAUGAAACUGACGAGUCUCUCCACUAUUAUUAUGAAGAUGAGGUAAUUUACCAGGAAACAAUAGAAGAUUUAUGGGUUCACUGCAUUUUACCAUCAGUAACGAGUGUUUUUCCCAUAUACUAUAAAAUAAUUCUUGUUAAUUUGCUGUUUGGUUCUAUAGUUUCAACAGUGAAGCUUCCACAAACCAUUUUUCACCUCUUAUCAGGCUCAAGUGGAAUUUUUUUGCUCAGCAAUCUAGAGUCUCCAGAAGGGAAAAUCAUAAUUUUAGCAUUUUUCAUACAGUCUUACCUCCUCCUACACAUAGGUUGUUAUGUACAAAAUAAAUAUGACCCAGUAAAAAAGCAAGAUGAAAUAAGGCUCCUCAGCAACUCUAACAUAGUGAAAUACUGCCUAAUUGCAAUUUUAGUUUUAUGUGAAUAUUUCCUCUUGAAAUCAGAAACAUGGAUGGAAAUAAGAGGAGUUGUCAUGAUAUUUAGUAUGAAACUCAUUUCAUUAGCUGAAGAUGCAGGCAAAGGAGUUACGAUUUUUCCUAGUUGUAUCCAGUAUUUUGGGUACAUUUUUUGUGGGAGUAAUGUCAUGUUUGGACCAUGGAUUUCUUUUCAGGAGUACACAAUUUUGUACCAUAAUCCUACAAAGAAGAAUACUUGGUGGAUACUGGGCGUUCUCAGAGCGGUGGCCACCUCAGCAAUAUUCCUGAUUGUAUCGAAUUGCUUGGCUAAUUACUUCAUCAAAGAUGACGCAUGCGUAUGGUUGGUGGCAUACAAAGAGGCGUUGACGUUCAGAACGAGCCACUAUUUCAUUUGCUACCUUUCUGAAGCUUCGAUGCUGGCAGCCGGCUUCAAGAACCACAAAAUGUGGAAGGAGCCGAGACAGUGGAGGUUCGUUCUUGUUGAACCUGCGAAAAUUGAAUUUCCCACCGCUCUGGCCAUUGUUGUUACGAACUGGAAUAAGCCCAUGCACGAUUUUUUGAAACGAUAUAUCUACAAAUCCUGGCUGCCUCUGGGGAAAUUCCACGGGAUCUUGGCAACCUUCGUCAUAUCUUCUUUCCUCCAUGGCUUUGAGCUCAAGGUCUCUGUCGUUCUUAUAACAAUCGGAAUAUUCUCCUACCUUCAGUUCGCUGUAAGGGAUCAGUUUGCGAAGGCUUUUAAUUGUUGCAUCAGGGUGUACCCUUGUAAAAGUUGCACCCACAAGUUCAAGAGGGACAGGGUGGUGUCGAGGAUUUGCCAAUUGGUUUUCGCAUCGACUAGUGUGGUACAUUUGGUUUAUUUGGGGAUGAUCAUGGAUUCGAGCACAGACGAAAUAGGGAUUUUGGGGAAGUGGAGGAAUUUGUAUUUCGUUAGUUUUUGGAUAAUGAUCUGUAAUGUGUUGAUAUUGAUUUGA